CAUGUGGGCUUGCCUAGCUGUGUGCGUGAGUAGGCCAUGUGCGUGUGCAGUCGUUAGCGUGUGUGUGUAGGUAAUACAGCAGCGAGGCGAAGAAGAAACGUUGAAAAUUUAGGUUAGAGAGCAGCAGCCACCAACAGCCAGCGAGAAAAGCAAGCAAAGCAGCUAUUAGCCACAUAAACCUCAAAUCAUGGAUAGUGCCGGUAAAAAUCGUUAUGAACUCUUGUUCAUGGACGAUGAUGUUAGCGAUCCAUUAGAUAAUCUUGUUGCGGCGACGGCUGCCGUAGCAGCCGCAACAUCAGCCAGCAAGAAGAAGCAGCCGCAGACCGCCGGGGGCGGUGCAGUGUCCGCAUCGGGAGGUACCAAGAAUGGCGCCGCCAAGAUGGCCAAGACAGCAGCCGUUGGCGGAGGACCAAAUGCUAAGAAACCAAAUCAAGCCGAAAAGGAGAACAAACCGAAUGCUCUUAACAAAAAUAACAACAACGAGGGCAAGAAGCCCGCUUCGACCACGGACAAACAGUUCAACAAAGACAACAACAACACCGGUACCAGCAGCGCCGGUUACAAGCAGGGCGGCGGUGCUGCCCGUCCAGGCGGUGGCAGCUUUGGCAACAGAACACGUGAGUUCGGCUCUGGUCAAGGGCAGGGACAAGAGCGGGAACAACGGGGACAGGGUCAGCAGCGGGAACGCAAUGUGAACUUCCGUCAACAGAAUGGUGGUGGCGAGCGCGGUGGCAAUGGAAAUGGCAACUACGAAACACGUGAGCAGCGCAACAAUCGCCGCAAUGUCCGUGAGAAUGGCGCUGGUGGACCACCCGAUGGUCAGCCUCGUCCGUAUCGUGGCCAGGGCAACAGUGGUGCUGGCGGUGAUCGCCCUCCACGCCAAAAUCGCAACUAUGAUGGACAGAACAGGAAGCGGGAAUUCGAUCGUCAGUCUGGAUCCGACAAAACUGGUGUUAAGGCAAUUGAUAAGCGCGAUGGAGCUGGCGCCCACAACUGGGGUUCGGUAAAGGAGGCCAUUGAUGAUGUGAACAAGAACGAAAGCGAGACAAGUGUGAACAAUGCCGAAGGCGACAGCAAGGCCAACGAGUCUGGAAAUGAACAGCAGAGCGAGCCGCAGGCAGCCGCCGAGGAAGAGACCAAAGAGCUGACAUUAGACGAAUGGAAGGCACAGCAGGGGCAGCGCACUAAGCCCACCUUCAACAUACGCAAGGCCGGAGAAGGUGAAGACACAUCGCAGUGGAAGAAGAUGGUCGUUCUGACCAGUAACAAAAAGAAGGAGAACGAGAGCGAAGAGGAACUUGAAUAUGACCCUGCCAUGUACCCACAGCGCGUUGGUCGCCAGCAGCGCGUUCUUAACAUCCAGUUUAACUUCAACGACGGUCGACGAGGACCAGGCGGUUUUGGUGGUCGCGGUGGUCGUGGCGGUCCACGUGUCGGCGGUGGUAUUGGUCGGGACGGACCCCGUCCUGAGGGCGGUAACCGUGGUGGACCACGCGAUGGACCCCGUGAUGGCCCGCCAUCGGGUCCUCGCCAGAACACUGACGAGGGAUCUGCUGCUGGCGGUGGUGCCCCAUCGGCACCAACCAACCGGCCACCAAUUGAGCGCCGUGGACCCGGAACCAACAACAGUGGUGGUGGUGCUCCUGGCGGUUUGGCCAAGCGUUUCGGUAAUGAGCGGCAGCAGAAUACCGCCCCCAAGGUGAACGAUGAGCGCCAGUUCCCAACACUGGCCUAAAGAUGGAGGUUCUUCAAGUUUUAUAAACAUUUUGGUGACUAGUCGUCUGGGAUUGAACGCGAAGUUGAACUAGAAGGACUAGCUAGAGGCAGGCUCUGGAGGUUCUGGUUACCAAAAUGAAAAUCUAAUAAAUUACAUAUAUCACAGACAAAUAGAAGUAACAAAUUUCUAAAA